CGCGGAUUGGCUGUUCCGCCGCAGGCCGAGGCCGUGGCGCUGCGGCAGCGGGCGAGCUCAGCGCGGGUGGGCGCCAUCAUGUCGCGGGAGUUCGAGCUGUGUCCCGGGCGGCGAAUUGGUGGCGAUCAGCCAUGCUUCAUCAUCGCAGAGAUUGGGCAGAACCACCAAGGCGAUCUGGACAUCGCCAAGCGCAUGAUUCGCAUGGCCAAGGAGUGUGGAGCAGACUGUGCCAAGUUCCAGAAGAGCGAACUGGAGCACAAGUUCAACAAGAAGGCUUUAGAAAGGCCCUACACGUCUAAACACUCGUGGGGAAAGACCUACGGAGAGCACAAGCGCCACCUGGAGUUUAGCCACGACCAGUACAGAGAGCUGCAGAAAUACGCUUGGGAGGUUGGCAUUUUCUUCACGGCUUCUGGCAUGGAUGAGAUGGCUGUGGAAUUUUUACAUGAACUGAAUGUUCCAUUUUUCAAAGUAGGAUCAGGAGAUACAAACAAUUUUCCCUAUUUGGAGAAGACUGCAAAGAAAGGUCGCCCGAUGGUGAUUUCCAGCGGGAUGCAGUCAAUGAACACAAUGCACCAGGUUUAUGAGAUUGUGAAGCCCCUCAAUCCAAACUUCUGCUUCCUGCAGUGCACCAGUGCAUACCCGCUUCAGCCAGAGGAUGUCAACCUCCGCGUUAUAUCGGCCUAUCAGUCAGCUUUUCCUGAUAUCCCCAUUGGCUACUCGGGGCAUGAAACUGGCAUCGCCAUUUCGGUGGCAGCGGUUGCGUUGGGAGCUAAAGUGGUGGAACGCCAUGUGACUCUGGACAAAACAUGGAAAGGAAGUGACCACCAGGCAUCCCUGGAGCCAAACGAAUUGGCAGAGCUGGUGAAAGCCAUCCGUACUGUGGAAAAAGCAAUGGGAUCUCCAGUCAAACAGCUACUGCCCUGUGAAAUGGCUUGCAACGAAAAGCUGGGAAAAUCCAUUGUGGCAAAAGUAGCAAUUCCUGAAGGUGCAGUACUCACACUUGACAUGCUGACAGUGAAGGUGGGAGAGCCCAGGGGAUUUCCCCCAGAAGCAAUCUUUGAUCUGGUGGGCCAGAAGGUUAAAUUAAAUAUUGAAGAAGACGAAACCAUCACUGACCAAGCAGUGGAAAAUCACGUCAAAAAAGUAAAGUGCUAAAUCAGAACACUCUAUUCUGUAUUUCAUCAUAUAUAUUUAAGUAUAGCAGCAUUGUAGAUUAGAAGGAAAGAGUGUAAUUAUGAGGAUUCAAGCAGGUUAGAAUUUUCAGGUUCUCAAGUUGCUGAAGCAAGUGGAGAUAAAUUACGAAGGGUAAUUUUAUUAGAAAUAGUAUAGCAUUGCAUCUAGAAAAUACUGUGCUCCUCCUGUCUCCAUUCCUUUUAACCUAGGUUAAUUUGGAGGUUUGCCACAUGUAGAACCACAGUCUGCUACUGUCUAACUUCCUUUUCUGGUAAGAACACAGUAAAUCAUGAUAAUUUUGUCUGCAGUUUGAGUUGUUCUAACUCUGUACUUUUUGGUGUUCCUCUUUAUUUCUUCCUCACCCUGUGAUAACAGCAUGCUAGUUGGAGUUGAAUUUAGAUAGAUGCUGCUGAACA